CUUUAAUUUCAAAAAAAGGACUACAAAGGAUUUAUAAUGAACCAUUAGUGAGAAAUAAUAAUGAUGUUAAGACAGGCAUGUUAGAAAAUAUCAUUAAUACUUACAUAAAUUCAAAACCAUCAUAUACUCAAGGGAGAUGUACUCAAAUUGAAGCAUCAAAUAUUAUUUUUGCAAUUACGGUCAUUCAAACGGUGGGGGUUCCUAUGUAAAGUAUAUGGAAACGAUAAUGACCUAAGAUGAAAAUCAAGCGAACAUUUACAUUUUUUGCCUCCCCGUAAAGCCGCAACGAUGGUAGUCUCUGAAAAUGGGAUAAUACUUGCCAUUGGUGGUUUAAACGAGUCUGGUGAAUUGACCAAUCUUAUAGAUGAGCUUGAUCUUAAGUUAAAAUCAAAACAAUGGGUUUCUACAUGGCCAUUGAAUCAACCACGAACAAAUUUUGCUGUUUGCACUUACAAGCAGUACAUAUAUGUUGUUGGAGGCUAUGAUGACUCAAAUCACAAUUGUUUGACUUCUGUAGAAUACUAUGAUACAAAUUCAAAAGUAUGGACGGAAAUUACUGAACCGAUGCUCACUGCUCGAGCCUUGUGCAGUGCUGUAGUAUUUAAUAAUAAAUUAUACGUUUUUGGUGGACGUACUGAACGUUAUUGUAGUUCUCUUGCAACUGUAGAGUACUAUGAUUUUGAAAAGAAACGCUGGAAACAACUCGAUCCUAUGCCGGUAUGUAAUUUUAGCAUGAGUAUAUCAAGAAUUGAUAACGUCAUUUAUCUCAUUGGUGGUUCUAAUGCAUGCCGUCGACGAGUUUUUAAGUUUGAUUUACAACAUUUCAAAUGGAACGAAAUGCCUAACGUGAACAUGGUUUGCUAUGGAGAUUGCUCAAGUGUUGGUGUCAUGAAAAACGACUUAUUCGUGUUUGUGAAUAAUGGAGGAAUAUUUCAUUGUGAACGAUAUGACAGAGGAAAAAAUCAAUGGCAAUUAGUGGACAGGGCAGGAGAGCAAACAGAUGAAUUUUGUCAUAUGAUUACUUUUAAUGAUAUUGCUCUUAAGUCCUAUGGUAUAUAUUUGUAAUACUAUAUUUUUUAUAUACCGUUUUGUUGUUACUUUGGGAGAACUUCAUUGUGUAAGAUAUGACACAGAAAAAAAAAAACAUGGCAUCUAGUUGACAGAGCAAGAGAGUAAAAUCAAAUGAUUUUUGACAAAAUAUUAUUGCUUUUAGUAAUGUUAUGCUGAAAAUAUCGUGGUACUCACUUAUAAUAUUAUUUUGU